UUAAGGGGGGAUGUAUCUCGAAUAAGGUCCACUGAACUUGGUGGGCCGGCAAUUAAAAUGGAACCCAACUCCGUGCGGCGGCCGGUUAAAGCAACGCGAUCCCCUCCUCUUCGUCGUCGUCGCCCUCGCCCGGCAACACCAACCUCGCUAUCGGCGUCGCCUUCUUCCCCCUCCUCUUAACCAUCGCCUCCCCAAUAGCGGAAGAAGAAGAAGUGGUAGAAGUUGGAAUUGGGAGCCGACGACCGGGGACUCCUGCCUCCUGUAGAAAUCCCUAACACACCUCCUCUCCACCUUCGAUCCGGUUCUGAAUCCGCUUCAUAAAGGCAUGGAGAAGAAAGGUCUUUGACUGGAGUGGAUAAAAGGUUUGUUGGCCUGAGGUUACCUGAACCAUGACUCAUCUAGCAGUAAUAGAUCAGGACUUAGGUGGUGAUGCAUCAGAUUUUGAGGUGGAUGGUGUCAAAUGCGACAAUCUCAAUGAAAAUGAUGUCAGUGAUGAAGAAAUUGAAUCAGAGGAGUUGACGAGAAGAAUGUGGAAAGAUAGAGUUAAACUUAAGCGAAUCAAGGAACGUGAAAGGCUUGCCGCCCAGCAAGCAGCUUUGGAAACGUCUAAGCCAAAGCAACCAUCUGAACAGGCUCUUAGAAAAAAGAUGUCCAGAGCACAAGAUGGGAUUCUGAAGUACAUGUUGAAGCUGAUGGAGGUGUGUAAUGUCCGUGGGUUUGUAUAUGGAAUCAUUCCUGAGAAGGGAAAGCCUGUAAGUGGUGCUUCAGACAAUAUAAGAGCUUGGUGGAAGGAGAAAGUGAAGUUUGAUAAGAAUGGGCCUUCUGCCAUCGCUAAAUAUGAGGCAGAGAAUUUUGCUGCCGAUAAAGCACAGAACAGUGGAAGCAAAAAUCAAUGUAGCCUUGCGGAUCUCCAAGAUGCUACACUGGGAUCUCUUCUGUCGUCAUUGAUGCAACACUGUGAUCCCCCACAAAGAAAAUUCCCACUGGAGAAGGGUGUUCCCCCGCCUUGGUGGCCUUCUGGAAAGGAAGACUGGUGGAUAGGUUUGGGCUUACCCAAGGGUCAAGGCCCCCCAUAUAAGAAGCCACAUGACCUGAAGAAGGUGUGGAAGGUUGGGGUACUAACAGGUGUGAUAAAACACAUGUCUCCCAAUAUUGGAAAGAUCAAAACCCAUGUACGAAAGUCGAAGUGCUUGCAGGAUAAGAUGAGUGCCAAAGAGAGUUCCAUUUGGUUGGGAGUUUUGAAUAGAGAAGAAAUGAUUGUCAAUCAACUUAGCAGUGAUAAUGGGAUGUCUGAUGUAACUCAGGAUAGUGGUCAUAGGGAGCGUCGAGAGGACACAAACAGUUGUAGCGACGAAUAUGAUGUUGAUGGCCUUGAAGAUGCUCGUGGAUCGACUUCAUGCAAAGAUGAUGCGAAAAAUCUGCAGGUUGAGACGCUACCUUGUGCAGUGACUUCAAGGGAGGAAGGCCCAGCUGUAAAUUCCAACCAACUUUGUCAAGGCAAGGAGCAAACAAGUGAACAGCCGAAGCAAAAAAGACCUCGUUUAAGUGUUGCAUCUGCUGACAGGCAGACAGCUAAAACUCAGAAUGAGCACAUACCAAAGGAGACGAGAAACGCUAUUCCAGAUAUGAACGACACAGACAUGUCUUUGUUGGUUCAUCACGCACCAAGUGUCAGCCAUGAGACCCAUAUGAAUCCGAAUUCAAGGCACCAAGGAAGAGAUCUCCAAAACCAAAACCUUGAACCACAAUCUGCCAUUAGCAACUUUGCAAGCAUCCCUUCUAUUAAUGUUGCUGCAGGGAACAUGUUUACUGAUGACCAACCAUUACAGUAUCCAGAAGUUGGGAAUAGUGAGUUGGAAUUUGCUACCACAAUUAACACAGGGUCCAACUAUGGAUUUUAUAAGUCAUCAGGGGGCUCUGGUAUCUUGCAGGAUAAGCAGCAAUACCCUAUGUUUGUUCCUGGUCAUUCGGUAAUGUCUGACGAUAGCAUAAUUCCUGUGGGGAAUAAUUCUUAUGACCAUGUGACGACACCAAAUGUGAAUUCACAUACAAUCACUGGAGACAUGCAUCUAUUCGUAGAUGGAUCAUUUUACACUGAACCGGAUAGGUUUGAUGGCAGUUCCUUUGGAUUGCCAUUAGAUUUAAUUGGGAUCAGCAGCCCAAUACCUGAUAUUGGUGACAUAUUGCAUGAUGAUGACAUUAUGGAGUAUUUGGGAACAUAAUUUAGUAAAAUUCUUGUCAUUACAUUUUCCUUUAGUCUUCUUCGCCUAGAUUGCUAAUGUAUGUUCUUCUCUCUGACAGUCUAUCUCACAAGAUAAGGUCCCUAAACGUCUUGACAAUGGUUGGUCUAUUCACUUUCUUGUUCACGUAGGGAGAAUGAUUUAUUGUAGGUGCCUACACAAUUGGUAACAUGCUUGAUGUGACAUUCUUUCUCAUUGUUCUAGACAUCACGACUCUUUUGAGUUAUGAUUGUCUGUCCACUCUUAGAAUGAGGAUUUAAUCUGAUGCUACACCGGAAGCACUUGAAGGUUACAAAUG